AUGUACCGACUAGCCCAUGCGUUCCCCGCCCUUCAGUCCCUUGAACUGUUCUCGGUCGACUGCAAAGCUCUUUCCCCCGACCGAGCGCUCAUCUCAAUAAGAACAUGCGGGAGGCUGUUUGCACAUCUCAAGCUUGACGGCGGUUACCAGCCCGAGUUCUACCCCAUAAGUUGGUCAACGUUAACACACCUUGAUCUCAGCCUGAAAUGGCUCAGUGAAGAAGGCUUAACAUUUGCAAGCUGUACCAGUCUUGAACGUCUCUCUGUGAAAGUGUCCGAGAGCGACGGAUCAGAUUUCUUCUCCCACCCCGGGUUGCUCCAGGGACUGGAUGCGCUAAUGGGCCUUGGUCUUCCGAAAUCGCUACGGGCCCUGGAGAUCACUCUAGACAAAUCUCUCGCCUAUUUUUUUGGGUUGGAGGGCAGCAGUGAUCAACAAACGGCCCUCCGCAACUUCACACGGCUUGUGACGGACCAUAUCUUUCUUGGAACGACCGGAGUCAAAAUUAUAGUCGGAAACUCGACACAGAAUCUCGUCAACAUGUGGAGGGCAUCGUUGGAGCGUACGUUUGCAUCACUCCAUGAGCUGAAGCUUCUGCGGGUUGAGUUCGUGUACUCUGAAGGGUUCUCGCCUGAGCUGUACGGGCAUCCCACGGAGGUGGAACAUCUGACCAUCUCUCGGGACGGGAGUCAAAUCGUCAUAUUUCGCCUACUCCACAUCGAACAGGAAGGAUAUGGCCCUGACAGCGAGCCCCAGGAAACGGGAACCAUCGAGGCAUCCGCGGGCGAAGCGAUCGUCGCUUCAAGCUGGUCCCCAGAUAGCACGCAAAUCCUGGCCCUGAUGGUGCCCUCAAUCGUCCUUCACGUUUGGGAUGCGGAGGACUUGACCCUCAUUCGCUCUCUCCGCUGUCCUUCUUUCCCACUCCCAUUUAAGGCAGUUCGCAUGUCAAUAAACACCCAUUACGCUCUGAUCCACUUCACCGGCCAGGACCGCUUCUUGAAGGACCGGCGCCCGGAUGACAAAGUCUAUGUCAUCAAUCUGGUUUCAGGAGAAACUCACCCCCGUCUGGUCGACCUCCAAGUUGUGUCUCAAGCCGUGCUGCAAUGCGGCUCCGAGCCCGGCGAGUUCACUGUGCUCGCACUGACCAAAGACGGUACCCUCGUGGUGGACCGCGGCGAAGAAGACCCACGUAGCUCUUCUACUGCUCCUCCGGCGCCGUCACCACUCUUCGGGUUCACCCCCGAGGCUUUAUCCGCCGACGGGACUCGCGCGUUGUGUUUCGUCGGUGCGGUGUCGUCUUUCCGUGAACCUCUUGCCUCUGCUCCGCGGUUCUGCGUUGUGGACACCACCACCGGAGAGAUACUGUCGGGGCCAUUCGGAGGCGAUCGGCCUUCGGUGAUCAUUGGUGAAUACCCCAGCAUGGAUAUUGACCGGCGUCGCUCUUCACCGUACCGCGGAGGGUGGUUUUGGAGCACGCAGCAUGGCAGGCUUUACCGAACUCUUGCUCUCGACCACGAACAAAACGUCGGUCGAGUCGCAGUCACGCACGACGGGUCAAUGGUCGGAUGGUCGGAUCGGCGCGGGGUCGUGCACUUCCAUCGGAACGUGGGCGAUGAUGCGACACUAAUUCCGGGAAGAGUCAAGAAGAGCGAAGGUGCAGGAGUAAAGCUCAGGAAGUCAGAUGAACGAACGAACACCAGGGGAAAAGACGUCCAAGGGCGCCGCGGAGGAGGAAGGGGAAGGGAUACGCGAACGCGGAAGAGAGGAGGAGAAGACAAGCCGAGAUGGAAAUACUAG